AUGACGGACCACUCAGUGACGCCUUUUACCAAUCCGACCAAUGCCGACCUCCUAGCUGCGAACGCCGCCCUGCUUGCGGAAAACCAGCGGAUGGCCGAGCAAUUGGCGGAGAUGCAGAAAAACGAUGAACAGAAGGCCAAUAAGAAAAUACACACAGAUCAACAUAAAGAACACUACCUCAGCACGAUCAAACAAGGACAACAUGAAAGUUUGAAGGAAUACAUGAUGCGGUUCACAGAAGCAGCAAUGCAGAUCCCCGACCUUAACCUUGAAGUGCAAUUACAUGCCAUCAAGAGCGGCCUUCACCCCGGGAAAUUUCAGGAAGCAAUCGCAGUGGCAAAACCAAAGACACUAGAGGAAUUCCGAGAAAAAGCCCAGGGCCAGAUCGAAAUUGAAGAACUCAGGGAGGCCCGGAGGAGCGAAAAGCCGAUGAAGAAGGAAGAAGAGAGGCCUCAUCGGCCCAUAAGCAAAGACUCUAGAAAACCAUUCAAACUAGCGCCGAAAUUUGACACGUACACAAAAUUCAACACAAAAAGAGAGGAUAUAAUCAAAGAAAUCCUGCAUAACAAAUUGAUCAAACCACCAGUCCGAGCAGGAUCAUACCAAGAUCAGAAGUACGUGGAUAAAAGCAAACACUGUGCUUUUCACCAAAAGUUCGGCCAUACCACAGACGAGUGCAUCGUGGCAAAAUACCUACUGGAGAGAUUAGCCAGGCAAGGGCUCUUAGACAAAUAUAUCUCGUCAAGAAAGCAGCGAGAUACAGAAAGAGAAGCAGAAAGGGAUAGCAGACAUAAACAGGUCGAAACACCCCCAUCCAAGAGGAUCAUUAACUACAUCUCAGGAGGCUUCGCCGGAGGUGGGACCACCACCUCGGCAAGGAAAAGAAGUUACCGAGAAAUGAUGACAAUGGAAGGAUCUCGCCUGGAACGACAAGCAUCAAGUCCGACCUCACGCAUCGACUUCAGCACGGCCGACCUUAAGACAACCUAUCCGAACCUUGAUGACCCAGUUGUCAUCUCGAUUCACAUGGGAGAACUAACAGUAAAAAAGGUCUUACUUGACCUAGGAAGUAGCGCCGACGUCUUAUUCUACUCCACCUUCAAAAAGAUGCAUUUCAAUGACAACGCACUACAACCGUCGCCCAGAGAAUUGGUAGGGUUCUCUGGGGAAAAAGUAUCGGUAUCCGGGUACAUUUGGCUGAGAACAACAUUUGGAGAACCUCCACAUACCAAAACACUAGAUAUCCAAUUUCUAGUGGUCGAUUGCCCUAGCCCCUAUAACAUCAUUCUAGGACGUCCAUCAUUAAAUACUUUUGGUGCCAUUGUUUCAACUGUUCAUCUUUGUGUGAAAUUUCCCUUGCAGGAUAACACGGUGGGGACAGUUUAUGCCGACCACAAGAAGGCAAGACAAUGCUACAACGCAAGCCUCAAAACAGUAACGAAGGAUGAAACACCUCGGAUUCACACUGUCUAUAACUCGGAGCACAUACCAACGCUGGCCGAGCUAGAUCCCAGAAAUGACAACAGUCGUCCGACACCAACAGACGACCUUGAACAGGUAAAAAUAGGUCAUGAUGAGAAGUUUACUAACAUCGGAUCGGCAUUCAUUGCAGGACAAAAGGCCGACCUUAUCACGAUAUUACGAAUCAACGCGUAA